UAUCUCAUCGGAUGAGUCCACCUGUCUGCUGACUUCACCAAAAUAUGAUGAUAAUCUCAGUUUGGCUCCUGUGUGUCCGCUGCGUCAUUUCAGGACCAUGAAAUGUGAGCCACUUAUUUAAAGUGCUUUACCCUAUACCUGUAGAAAUAGAAAGUGAAAAAAAAACAAUCAUCAAUCACAAUCAAUCAUCUGACAACAAAUCUAACCAGAGAUCAGUAUUAUGAUUUAGUGAGUAGGAUAUAUUCAGUUCAGGGUGUUUGUUUCAUCUGGGCGCUUUUCCAAGUAGUCCCGCCUCCAGCGCGGAAAGGACCUGACGCGCCUUUACGCACUGCAUUCAGUUGGAGCACUGAAGGAUGCCGGACACACACAUGGGCUAUGUACGGUACCUAGACUUAUUCUUUCCGAAAGGAUGAUUUGGGACGGUUGUGAUUCUCUUGAGGGCCUGCAAACCACCGCUGGAGCGAUGCUUGGCACCAACGUCUCCAAAUCAUUGCGCGAAUGCAAUGCCACCAAGAAUUCCAGUUUGGGAAAUGUAUCAGUUGGUUUCCCCAUAACCAUGAUGAUCACUGGCAUGGUGGGCAACUCAUUAGCUCUAAUUCUGGUGUGUAUCUCUUACAGAAAGAAGGAGAAUAAAAGGAAAAAGUCUUUCUUACUUUGCAUUGGAUCGCUGGCGUUGACUGACCUGUUUGGACAGCUUUUGACAAGUCCAAUAGUGAUAUCAGUUUACCGAGCUGAUCUGAAAUGGGAGCGUAUCGACUCAUCGGGCAAUUUGUGCGCUUUUUUUGGUGUGUGCAUGACAACUUUUGGCCUGUGCGCCCUCUUCUUGGCCAGUGCCAUGGCAAUUGAAAGGGCUAUGGCGAUAACAAACCCCCACUGGUACUCCAAUCACAUGAAGACAAGUGUGACAAAGCAGACUCUGGCUGCUAUAUGGUGUGUUGUGUUGCUCUUCGCGCUGCUGCCCAUUGCAGGGGUCGGGAAAUACACACGCCAGUGGCCGGGCACCUGGUGCUUUAUCAGCACCGGGGACAGAGAAGUCACGGGCAAUAUGUUUUUCUCCAUCACUUUCGCUGUACUUGGGAUUUUCUCUCUGCUUAUAACAGUUUCCUGCAAUGUGGUGACGAUCCGGGGCUUAAUUAUCCGGUGUAAAACAAAGUCUGGCACAUCUCAGUCUUCAAAGCAGUGGGAACGGCUCACCACGGAGACCGUCAUUCAGCUGUUAGGGAUUAUGUGCGUCCUGCUUAUAUGCUGGUCUCCUCUGCUGGUGCUCAUGCUGCGGAUGAUCUCUACUCAGGUAUCCUCCCAUCAAUGCAAUUCAACAGUAGUGCCCGUUAAUCAAACCGCUGGCCAAGAUGUCCAGUUAGACUGUAAUUUCUUUCUGACGGCCAUCCGCCUGGCCUCUCUCAACCAGAUCCUGGACCCAUGGGUCUAUUUGCUCCUCAGGGAGAUCCUCCUCCGCAAGUUCUGCAUCAUGGCUAAUGCCGUGUCCAACUGCUCCCUAGAGGAACAGAAGGAGACUCAGACGGCGCUGGACGCUCUAAACAAGCUGAAUCAUGAAAACAACAGCCUUCAUAAACCACAGAGUAGCUAAGUCGACCUUUGAAGACAACAGGAAUUCGCCAUUUUGCGAACCUGAAGUCGGGACAGAUUGGAUGGAUGUGAAAAUGGAUACAUCAUUGCCUUGGAUGAAAAAAAAUGGGAAUGUAAUGUCUCUACAUGUCAGGAGGAUAUUGUGAAACAAGGAGACAGAGUUGUUGCUGUUGCAGUGUUAAUGAGAACCAGCCAAGUCUGCUCUGGGUGAUUUUUUUUUGUUGCUUAAAACACAUUCCAUUCAAAGUCACCUAACCAGCAUGUGGACGCAUGACUGCGACACCUUUUGCAUGUGUCUGCACCGUGGCUGCCAGGACCUCCCUCAUUGCUAGUUUUCAGUUUUAAUAACAUCUACCAGACCCAAGAACUGAAUAUGUGUGACUGUAAACUGACUUACAGAAGUGGUGCAUCUCAUGUUUGUCUUUUUUUAGUUUCUAAACCGAGUCAUUGCUUUCAACAACUUGAAGCCAUAAGCCAACUAAAGGAUAAAUGACUUUUUUGUGAAUGUCUUUAAAUUAAAAAAACU